AUGCGAGCUUUCUUAUCGAUCCUUUCGUAUUGGGGCUCGGGGUCGGGCCCAGGGGGAGCCGCCACCAUUGCGUCCCACGAUUGGAGUGCCAACGGAAGCCCAGAAGAUGGGCUUGAUGGCGGGGACAACGAGGACAAAGCCAUCGACGGCGACGCCGAGGGGGUGUGGAGCCCGGAUAUCGAGCAGAGUUUCCAGGAGGCCCUCGCCAUCUACCCUCCUUGCGGCCGGAGGAAAAUCAUCCUGUCAGACGAGGGCAAGAUGUACGGUCGCAAUGAAUUGAUAGCGCGGUAUAUCAAACUGAGGACGGGGAAGACUCGCACUAGGAAACAGGUGUCUAGUCACAUACAGGUGUUAGCACGGAAGAAAGUUCGUGAAUACCAGGCGGGUAUCAAGGUUUCUAGCCACUUGCAGGUUCUCGCCCGAAGAAAAUCUCGCGAGAUCCAGUCAAAGCUAAAGGCGAUGAAUUUGGAUCAGGCAUCCAAAGACAAAGCCCUGCAGAAUAUGGCGGCGCUCUCGUCGGCACAGAUCGUCUCGCCCAGCAUGAUCAAGAAUCAUCUUCCACCAGUGCCCCCUGCACCCUACCCGCCAAACCCGCCAACCGAGUUCUGGCCCACUGCAGUUCCGGGACAGCCUGGACCCUCUCAGGAGCUGGUUCUAGAGCUCAACCCGGGAAGGACUCCUGGGCUUGGUCGCACCAGCCAUGCUAUCAAACCUUUUGCACAGUCUCCCUACCAAAGCCUAUCAGGUCCUGUACCACAGUCCAUCCCAAGUUACGAGCCCUUGGCGCCACCUCCCCCGCCCACAGCUACAGCUGUGCCAGUGUGGCAGGACCGGACCAUUGCCUCGUCAAAGCUGCGCAUGUUGGAGUACUCGGCCUUCAUGGAAGUCCAAAGGGAUCCGGACACUUACAGCAAACACCUGUUUGUCCACAUAGGGCAGACAAACCCCUCCUACAGUGACCCUCUCCUGGAGGCUGUCGACAUCCGGCAGAUCUAUGACAAGUUCCCAGAGAAGAAGGGAGGCCUCAAGGAGCUUUACGAGAAAGGCCCUCAGAAUGCGUUUUUCUUGGUUAAAUUUUGGGCCGACCUGAACAGCAGCGGGAUGCAGGAUGGCCCCGGUUCUUUCUAUGGCGUCACCAGCCAGUACAGCAGCGCUGAGAACAUGACCAUCACUGUUUCAACCAAAGUCUGCUCUUUUGGGAAGCAGGUGGUGGAGAAAGUCGAGACAGAGUAUGCCCGCCUGGAGGGGGGCAAGUGCGUUUACAGGAUCCAUCGCUCCCCCAUGUGCGAGUACAUGAUCAACUUCAUCCACAAGCUCAAACACUUGCCUGAAAAGUACAUGAUGAACAGUGUUCUUGAAAACUUCACCAUCCUGCAGGUGGUAACGAACCGCGACACCCAGGAGACGUUGCUGUGCAUCGCAUUUGUGUUCGAGGUGUCCACGAGCGAGCAUGGCGCCCAGUACCACGUCUACAGACUUGUGAAGGACUAAGCAAAAAAAAAAAAGUGAAAGCAUGCCUUCCCCCUCUCUUCAGCCAGCAAAACCAGAAACAAUGCUAGAGAACUAACACUAACACACAUAAGGAAUAAAAAAAAAAAGUCACACACAUGCAGACCAGUAGCUUGUGCUUAAACGUGCUUUAGAUGAAGUGGAGGUACGCCAUGGCGCUCGAGAGAACGAGAAGGUGUCGAAUGAGAAGAUCACUCAGAGCAAGGAAAGAAGACAGAACUGGACCACAGAUGAGGAGGAGGAAGAGGAAGUGGUGUUGCAGUCGAUUUUGUCAGGAAACAAAAGUGCCUUUUUUUCUCCAAAGAUAUAAUUGCCUGCCACUUUGAAUUGCCUUUUGUACUACCUCUUUUUUUUUUGUCAAAUGAUAGAUCAUCACAGGGCAAGUUCAUUUGGAAAUAAGCCCUAGAGCCUUUUCACACCAACAUUUAUCAGUGAAAGGACUUGAUGCCCUGUUCUGGUACUGCUUGUCUGUGAUUUUAAUCUUGUCUUAAGUGGGGUUCACACAUAUCAAUUUUUAAUAUCUUGGUGUACUUCAGACGAGUGGCACAGCACACCACAAACAUAACGAGAUCUCCAAAAAUCGCGAGUCUCCUCCCCCAAACCAGAUGUCUGUCAAAGUACUAAGUCCGACCUGUAGGAGGCAGCAUGGGGCAACAGAAGAAAGACAAGUAGUAGAAGAAAAUUGUGAGUGAUUUUCAUAAAUAUUGAACAGGGGUAACAGGUACAUUGUGGGCCCCAACCCUUUUCAGACCAGGUCAGGGAAGAUAGAUCAACAUAAUCUUUUGCAGGCAUUCGAUAAUCAGGCCUUUGCUGACUUGGUAAAGUGGGGGAAAUGCUCAAAUUCUGCCUCAUUACAGGUACGCAUGUAUUGCACUUAAAUCACACGCAAAAGGAUUUGCGAUCGUCAAUAUUGAACAAGUUUCCAUUGAUAAUUGGCAGAUAAGCGAAGAAAAAAAAAUAACACAUCUCGCACCACAGUAUAAUCACUCAUAUUAAUCUUUUAGGGACAUCGGACAACUGGGACUUUGCUGACUUUGAUUAGAAAGGGGAAUGCUAAAAUGUGGCCUAAUUGUCAGGAUGAAGUCUAUUCCGUUUUGAUCGGUAUUGACAACACACAUCAGGGUUUGUGAUCCUAAAUAUUAAAAAAGGUUUAGCAUGUAUGAUUGUCACACCGACCAUUUCCCAAGCAGAUCAGCAAGGAAAAUUACCGGUACUCUUAACACACUUCACACCACAGGAUAAUCUUUUAGAGACAUCUGAUAAGUGGGCCUUUGACUUUGAUCGGAAAGGGAGGUGGUGCUCAAACUCGGCCCGAUUGUCGGUAUGUGUAUGUCCCCUGCUUAAUUGAUUUCACAUCACAAUCAUGGAGUCUGUGGCUUGCCUGAAAUCGAUGUUGAUCACAUGAAAGGAUUUGCUGUUGAACAGGUAUAAUAUUUAUGAUUGGCAAUCCCAACUGUCUUCCAAGCCGGUUGGGAAAGGGGGAAAAAAAAAAAACUUCACACACUCCACACCACAGAAUAAUCGUUCAGGAUAAUUAUUAGAGGCAUCCGACAAUUGGGCCUUUGCUGAGGGAGUAAAGUGCUUCCAUUUGGCCCACUUAUCUGUAUAUCACACAAAAAUUUGUAAUUGUAAAUAUUGAACAGGUUUAACAUGUACGAUUGUCAACCGUCUUCCAAGAAGGUUCGGGAGAGAGGGAAAAAAAACACUCUUCAAACACCCCACACCACAAGAUAAUCGCUCAGGUUAAUCUUUCAGCGGCAUCCGACAAUCAGGCCUCUGCCGACUUUGAUUCGAAUGGCUGAAAUGCUCAAAAACAUCACGAUCUACAGUAUGUGUGCACCCUUCUAUGCAAAUCAAUGAUUUGUUCAACCCUAUGGAUGCUUUUAAAAUUGCUCAUCCUUCAUAAAGCCAGCGCUUGCUCCUGCCCAUGUACGACCACGUCCACCAAUCCCCUUGUUACACUGCUUUAUUGGAAGACGUGAGUUCGCACAGCUGCCCUGAGACGACCAGGGUGGUGGUUGUGGUGUGAGGCAGUGGAGACCAAGUGACAGCAGUGUUUGAUUUUUCUGCCUUGACGUGUAUGUAGCCCGAAGUGAAAACUAUAUUGUUUCUGUACUGUGAGUCAAGUGGAUCCCUAAAGGAAUAUGUGUCACAUAGGAGUAUUUUUAUUUUGAGGAGGGGAGGGGAUGGGGCUUUAUUUGUGAUUAAGUGUCCUGGCACAGAGAGAGCAGAAGAGAACUAGCAAAUUGAAAUCAGCGUUUCUUUUGAUUAAAAAAGAAAUUGCAUGCUGUGAAGUCAUACAUCUUCACUCACUAUGCGGAGAAGCUUCAGUUUUUCAUAUUUAAGAUGUAAUAUCGACACCCAUCUCCAACCUGUUGUCUCUGUGCUGCGUGCAAUGUGAUCAUUGAUUGUUAUUUAUAGGUUUGGAAAGCAGAUUCUAAUAAUAAGGGCAAUGUGGGGUUCACUACUUAAUGAUCAUUUUUCCAUUGAUUUGGAGAUGGUUCAACGGAAGUCUGUGUGUAUGUCUGCGUGUGUGUGUGUGUGUGUGUGUGUGUGUGUGUGUGUGUGUGUGUGUGUGUGUGUCUCACUGGACAAUUUCCAUCCAUCCAUUAUUUUUCACCGUAAAAUUGGACAUAUUUUGACAAAAGUGCCUGCCUGGCUUUGAAUGUCGUAUUUUGCAACUUAGAGAAACACAAAAAUAAUGCUCCUUGCUCUAUGUAUUUUUUUAUACAGUUUUCUUGCCAGUACCAAUAUUUGUCCAUGUUUUGAUUCUGUCGUCUUUUUGACUGUGAGUGUUUUGCCUCACUGAAAAAUAAUGUGUGAUUGUGCUGACAUUGAUAAUUAAUAAUAAGAUAUAUAAUGUAUCAUAUUCUGAAUGGUGUGGGAAGGUGUUUUAUUGUUUUUGUUGUUUUUGGUUAAGGUGGUUUACUAAGGUUUUUGCCACAAUUGUGAAUUGCAAUUUUAUACUUCCAAAUAGAGGUUGGACUAUGUAAUCAAACAAAUGUAUCUAACAAUAAAAGACACAUGGUGCCUUUGGGGGCCAUUUCCCCAUGA